GGACUGGGAGUACCGUUCAAUAUCGCCAGCUAUUCCCUAUUGACUCAUAUGAUGGCCCACAUAACUGGUCUAAAAUGCGGUGAUUUUAUCCAUACCAUCGGUGACGCUCACAUUUAUACCGACCAUUUGGAACCACUCAAAGAACAAUUGAGCCGAACUCCCCGUCCGUUCCCAAAGUUGGUUAUCAAACGCAAAGUCCAGGACAUCGAUCACUUCACAAGCGAUGACUUCGAUCUCAUUGAUUAUAAGCCUUACCCUAAGAUUUCGAUGAAAAUGUCUGUAUAAACGGUUCCCUUUCAAAAGACCUAAAAUUCAUUAAAAGACUUAAUUUUGAUCAAAAGAAAAUUAUAUAAGGGAAUAUCAACUACCGUUUAGACACAUUAUAACAUUGAUUUUAAUUGUCUGUCGUUUAAUACACAC